CUCAUUGAAAAAGUCCAAGGGGUCCACUCCAACUUUUUAACUUUUGCUAUAAAACUGAAACUAAAAUUUAUAUUUUUUUUUUAGAAGAAAAACAAACAUAACCAAGCAAGAAAACUCAAUUUUGUUUCUUUGUGUUGCUAAAACUCUUUGGACCGCUUCAGCGUCUCUGCAUGGUUUUCCCAUCUUUCCUGGACUGACUGCAUCAUCUUCAUCACUAAGUGAGACGUUUUAGCGACUCCAUCGACAACAAUGACGAUGAACAUACCGGGUCUGGUGGUGAUGGCGGCGUUCUACCUGCUCAUCCUGGGAACGGGCAUCUGGGCGUCCAUGCGCUCCAGGAAGGAGGAGAAAAAGUGGACGGGGGAUGGAAUGGAGAUCACCCUGCUGGCCGGGCGGAACAUCAACUUGCUUGUGGGCGUCUUCACCCUUACAGCCACGUGGGUAGGAGGAGGCUUUAUCCUUGGAAUUGCUGAAGCAACAUACAACCCGACAUUAGGAGCGGUUUGGGCUCUCAUGCCUGUGCCCUACGUCCUCACAUUCUUCCUCGGUGGCUUUUUCUUUGCAAAGCCCAUGAGAGAGAACAACUAUGUGACAAUGAUGGACCCUUUCCAGAAGAAGUAUGGAAACGUGCUGGCCAGUGCCCUGAUCUUUCCGGCACUGGUCGCCGACGUGCUGUGGGUGGCACGCACACUCGUCAGCCUGGGUGGAACUAUGAGUGUGAUCCUGGACCUCUCUUACGUCUACUCCAUCAUCAUCUCGUCAGUGGUGGCCAUUGUCUACACGCUCCUGGGGGGGCUCUACUCUGUGGCUUACACAGAUGUCAUCCAGCUAAUCCUCAUCUUUAUCAGCCUGUGGGUGUGCGUCCCUUUCCUGUUGACCAACCCUCACUCUCUGGACAUCUCGGUGACGGCCUACAACCAGAGCUUCCAGGCUCCAUGGGUCGGCACGGUGGAGCUUGACGAAGCCGGCAAAUGGUUUGACGACUUCAUGGUGCUGGCUCUGGGAGGUUUGGCCUACCAAGCGUUCUACCAGAGGAUCCUGUCCGCCUCAUCUUACACCCAAGCUCAAGUGACCUGCUUUGCCUCAUCUGCCUUUUGCCUGGUCCUGGGCAUCCCCUCCGUACUGAUAGGAGCCGUUGCCGCCUCUACUGACUGGAACUCAACAACUUACGGACUGCCAACUCCGUACGAGCGUGGCGAGGCCGGUUCCAUCCUCCCCAUCGCCCUGCAGUCCCUCACGCCGACCUACGUGUCCAUCAUUGGCAUCGGCGCUGUCGCUGCUGCCGUCAUGUCCUCCAUGGACUCGGCACUGCUGUCCUCCGCUUCGUUGUUCUCGUCCAACAUCUACAAGAACAUCAUCAGAAAGCAGGCCUCAGACCGCGAGAUGCAGUGGGUGAUUCGUAUCUCGGUGGUGGUCGUGGGUCUGGCCGGAACCGGCCUCACCUUCCUGGACAGCAGCGUGCUGGUCUUCUGGCUAGUGGGCGUGGACAUGUCCUUCACCAUCAUGUUCCCUCAGCUGGUCUGCAUCCUCUUCUUCAAAGUGUCCAACGGCUACGGAGCCAGUCUGGGAUUCAUCGUGGGAAUCAUCAUGAGAGUCAUGAGCGGGGAGCCCCUCAUCGGCUUGCCGCCCGUCAUCCGCUACCCCGGCUGCCGGCUCAACGACGAGGGCACGCUCACUCAGUUCUUCCCCUUCCGCACGACCAUCAUGGUCACGUCGCUGCUAUCCAUCCUGCUCUUCUCCUGGCUGGCGGCGAUCAUUUUCAACAAAGGCCUGUUGUCCGAGAAGUGGGACGUGUACAAGAUCAAACGCAAGCAGACGGUCCCGGAAGAGAAGAAGACCAGCGGAACCAAAGAAGAGGCCUCCGUGUCCAAACAGCUACUGGACACCACCAGCUGCUGAAGGUCCUCACAUGGAGCCAAAAGAGGAGGCAAACAUGCUUGUCUGCUCAACAGGAGUUCACAGAAUCAGUACCCAAUCAGUGAAUCCGUGUCACUUCAGAUCAACGGAAUCAGUUAACUUCCAUUAACAAAUCGUUAAAAUCAUCAAUUUAGCUUGUUUUUGAACGAUCCAUGAACACGUAUGGCAAAUCAUGUGACUGAUUGAAUGAUUACAUAAGCCUUCUUAUGAUGGAUGUCGCAGUCUUGAAAUGGACAGACUGAGCUCAGCCUUUUAGAUUCCUUUCCAUUUGGAGAAGAAAAUAUUGAUACUUUUAUGAAAUGGAUGGAUUUGGAUUUGUACAGAUUUGUAGAAAUAUAUUUUAUCACUCUGGCAAAUGGAGAUAAUGUUCCUUUUUUGGGUUCUAAAUGUAGUCCCUAGACUAAAAAUGCCAUCUUCAGUCCAACUGAAGAACAAUGAAGUAGUUUACAGAUCCCCAAUCAGCAAAUGUAGACUUUCUACGCUUGUUGGCUCUUCUAGCAAGACUCCAAAUUGGCACCCUCAGAGACUUUAGACCUCCAACCAUACCGUCUAUUCGGGCCGACUCUCUCAGCAUGUUGUGUUGACUUUUCACAUGUUGGACGGCGGCCAUGUCAGUACAGAAUCAGACGCACCGCAAAGUUACCCAAGAACUCUCGUAUCCGUAAUGUGAAAACGCCAUUUUGCCUCAAGCAGGAUUAACGUAGCCAAGCGAGCCUGUUCAAAACCUUGUAUUAUUUGCAAUAAUGCUGUGACAAUGAGGCGACCCCCCCUUGCAGGUCGUCCUAUCAGGUCUGACUGCUCUGGUCCGCAGUCUCUUGCUGCUAAGCAAAUACUCCAACACGCGAAUGUGAACAACAAACACUAUUUCAACGUCUUUCAUGGAACUCGUGAGGAUGAUUCUCACAAAGACUCGUGGACUCCUCCUAAGAAAUGUGUCCUUUCCCUGUGAAUAUCGUCGUCCUUUCAGGUCAUUGUGUUCCUCAGGGUAUUGCAUCCAUCCCUUCAUCCGAGCAGGCUACAUCAUUUUAAGCUCAACGUGGAAUGGAGCUGUCCUAGCUAGUCUUUGAGCAUGGACUCACCGUGACUAGAUAGGACGCCUCGAGUCCACCAUAGUCCAGAGCUGUCCUGUCUUGCCAUUCACUCUAGCCCACCAUAGAAUGGAGCUGUCCUAGCUAGUCUUUGAGCAUGGACUUACCGUGACUAGAUAGGACGCCUAUAGUGAACUAAAGCUGUCCUAUCUAGUCCACAUGCUUUUUAGUCGGUGGUGAACUAGAGCUGUCCUAUCUAGUCCACAUGCUUUUUAGUCGGUGGUGAACUAGAGCUGUCCUAUCUAGUCCACAUUCUUUAUAGUCUAUGGUGGACUAGAGCUGUCCUAUCUAGUCCACAUGCUUUAUAGUCUGGUGGACUAGAGCUGUCCUAUCUAGUCCACAUGCUUUAUAGUCUAUGGUGGACUAGAGCUGUCCUAUCUAGUCCACAGGCUUUAUAGUCUGGUGAACUAAAGCUGUCCUAUCUAGUCCACAUGCUUUUUAGUCAGUGGUGAACUCGUGCUGUCCUAUCUAGUCCACAUGCUUUAUAGUCUAUGGUGAACUAGAGCUGUCCUAUCUAGUCCACAGGCUUUAUAGUCUAUGGUGAACUAAAGCUGUCGUAUCUAGUCCACAUGCUUUUUAGCCAAUGGUGAACUAGAGCUGUCCUAUCUAGUCCACAUGCUUUAUAGUCUAUGGUGGACUACAGCUGUCCUAUCUAGUCCACAGGCUUUAUAGUCUAUGGCGAACUAAAGCUGUCCUAUCUUGUCCACAGGCUUGAUAGUCUAUGCUGAACUAGGGCUGUCCUAUCUAGUCCAAAUGUUUUUUAGUCAGUGGUGAACUAGAGCUGUCCUAUCUAGUCCACAUGCUUUUUAGUCAGUAGUGAACUAUAGCUGUCCUAUCUAGUUCACAGGCUUUAUAGUCUAUGGCGGACUAGAGCAGUCCUAUGUAGUCUUGAAGCAUGAACUAUUGAAGCCUGCUCAGGUGAGAGGUGAAACGUCUCCUAAGAGAAACCGACUAGUCUCGUUGCAAUCAAUUGAAUGCCCUGAGAAAAGCUUUCUCCCAGCAUUUUGUUGUAGGACAAUCUAAACACCUCCUUGCAUCACACAAUUAGCGUAAACAUCACUGGAAACCGGUCCCCUCUGUCUUGUCAGUGUUUUUUUUGCUGGAUACCGUAAAACGGGUGUAUACCAAAUACCUUGUGGAGUAGCAAUGUAGCUCAGGAGCUCAUCAUAUGAGGCCGACUGCCAUUGAAAAGAAAUAAGAUGGUCAAAAGCUGUUGUUUUUCCAAAGACAUCUUGUUGAGAGCAAAACAGGACUAUUUGCAUGCGUCUUUGUUUUUAUUUUUUUUAUAUAUAGACGUGAUUUUUAAAUGUAUUAUACUCUUGCACAGCCUACUCGCCAUUUGUACAUUAACACUAUUUUUUAUCAAGGUUGAUUGCCAUGCGUUGUUGUCGGGGAAAAAAAUAAAAAUUUUUAUUAUUGGUAUGGAGUUAGCAAUGUCGGAAGACAAAUUCUCACCCUGAAAAAUGAAUGUAGACCGGAUGACCUUGUUCACCUUUGCCGUACCGUUGGCCUGCACUUUCCGCCAGUGUUAUUUGCCUUCAUGGUCGUCACAAUGACACAACGCCAAAAGGCCGUGCAUUCAAUUUCAGAUGGAAAACCAUCUAUUAAUUUGGUCUCUUUAACUUGGUCAUUCUCGGGACAAGAAUAUUCAGUUUUUCCAAAGGUCACUUACGUCCUGGACGGGUUUAUUUUCAUGAACAAAAAAAAAAAUAUGGAGCUCUUUAUUUCUCCCUCUUUGUCUGUAUUUGGUUUUCUACUUAUAUGCAUGACAAUUGUCAAUGAACUAUACGGAACUUUCGUGAAGGCUGUUCUUCUCUUGCCACUUGGCAAGGUUCUACUUUGUAAUCAAUUAAUGUAAAUCCCCAUGGGGUGAGGUUCUUUCACAAU